AUGUUUACCCUCAAAGACUUCUACAAACAAUUUACAAAGGACAUUCAUCUUUGGAAGAAAUAUUAUGAUUUAUCAUCACCUGAGGAGCAACCGCUACCCAAGCCUUACGAUAACAUAGAAGAAAUGCUAUACUUAAUUGUAUUGAAAUGUCUACGACCAGACAAAGUUGCGCCCGCGGUGAGGACAUUCAUUACGCGCAACAUGGACCAAUCAUUUGUGGAGCCACCACUCUUCGAUUUGAAUGCCUCAUUUGCUGACAGUUCGCCAAGAAUCCCAUUGGUCUUUCUGCUAUCGCCUGGCUCGGAUCCAAUGGCCAAUCUAUUCAUGUACGCCAAACAGCGUAACAUGUAUGACAAAACAAAAACAAUUUCAUUGGGUCAAGGUCAAGGUCCACGCGCCGAGAAAAUGAUUUUGGAAGCAAAUCGUUACGGCCAUUGGGUUGUUUUGCAAAAUUGUCACGUCGCUGUCAGUUGGAUGGGCGAAUUAGAGCGCAUUUGCAAUGAUACGACGUUGGCAGAGUCAGCACAUCCGGACUAUAGGUUAUGGUGCACUUCGUAUCCCAGCAACGUAUUUCCCGUUUCGGUGCUGCAGAAUUCGGUGAAGAUGACAAAUGAGCCGCCAAAAGGUCUUAAGGCGAACAUGUUUAGGUCGUUUAAUUCGGAUCCAUUGGUACGCGAUAAAUUCUUUACGAAUGCCUUCCUCUAUUCCGAUAUGGCAAAUAAGUGUUGGCUGCGCGGUGUCUUCGCUUUGGUAAUUUCGCUGAUGCAGCUGAAGAUGUUCAUAGCACAAAGCAAGAGUAUACCAUUUCGUGGACAUGUCUAUCUUACCGGUGAAUGCAACUAUGGUGGGCGCGUUACGGAUGACAAGGAUCGCCGCUUAAUCCUUUCACUGCUCAACAUGAUAUAUAAUCCAACCACAAUCGAAAUGGACAACUAUCCCUUAUCACAAUCGGGCACCUAUCGUGUACCACUAAAUCCAACGCGUCUCAAUGCCAUCGAAUACAUUUCGACAUUUGCACUUAGUCCACAUCCGGAAGUGUUCGGCUUACAUGAAAAUGCCGACAUUAAUCGCAACAACAAGGAGACGAGUAGCUUGAUUGGCGGUGUUUUACUCACUCAAACGGAUUUAAUGGCUUCUGUGAAGGCAAGUGGCACAGCGGGUGGCGCUGUUGUUGACCCAGCAUUUGCCAUAUGUAAAGACAUUCUUUCACGCCUACCAAAGGCUUUCAGUCUUGCCGAGGUGGGUCAAAAGUAUCCGGUGGUGUAUACGAAUUCCAUGAAUACCGUAUUGAGACAAGAGCUGAUAAGAUUCAAUCGCUUACUAGAUUAUAUACGCAAAAGUCUGAUCAACGUACAAAAAGCCAUACAAGGUCAAAUAGCUAUGAUACCCGAAUUGGAGCGUACACAUUCGUCAAUGGUGAUUGGUAAGCUACCGGCGGAUUGGCUAAAGAAAAGCUACCCAUCGCUGAAGCCGCUUGGCAGUUAUGUUACGGAUUUUCUGGCACGUUUGGAAUUCUUCCAGCAUUGGAUAGAUGACGGGGAACCGAAUGUCUAUUGGCUAUCUGGAUUUUAUUUCACACAGUCCUUCAUAACUGGCGUACUGCAAAACUAUUCGCGAAAGAAUACGCUCCAAAUCGAUAUGGUUGAAAUCAAAUUUGAAGUAACCGAAUAUGAAAUGGAAGUGCCUAGUAAGCCAAGCUUUGGCGCAUACAUACGGGAACAGCAGUCCAUCAAUGAUGAGACAAAAUUUUUUCAUGGCCUCUUCCUGGAAGGCGCGCGCUAUAAUCGUGAAACACAAGAACUAGAUGAAUCCUACUCAAAGAUAUUAUUCGAUACAUUGCCAGUUAUAUUUUUCCGUCCAACACUAAAAGAGACUGCGCAAGCGGCGAAGGAGGAUUCCAAAGUGCGCGUCAUCUACGAUUGUCCAGUUUACAAGACCAGCGAAAGGCGUGGCGUUCUCUCGACAACCGGUCACUCCACCAAUUUCGUGAUGUAUAUGCAACUCAAUUGCAGUCGCACACAAAUGCAUUGGAUAAAUCGCGGCACGGCAUCUCUGUGCCAACUUGAUGAUUGAAAUUGAUUUUGCAUUCAGAUGUAUU